GGAGAGGGGGAGAGGGAGUAGGGAAGAGGGAAAGAGAGAGCGAGAGGCUAAUUAAAAGGGGGCACAAGGCGGGAAGCGAGUGAGAGCAGAGCGCCCCCAAGAACCAGCUCUCGGCGGAACUUGGAUCCUACCUAGGCAUCGAGAGGUCCCCAACCUGGGCUAGAACAUUCCCCUGCACAGGAUUGCUGCAUCUCAUGUGAAAAGCAGAGGAUAAAAUGAAGAUUUUUCAGUGCGACAUGCAAUACCGGUUGUUUCCAGCUUUUCUGGCAAUCGCUUAUUUUUGCACCAUUGUCCAGGGUCAAGUGGCUCCACCCACAAGGUUACGAUAUAAUGUAUUAUCUCAGGACAGUAUACAGAUUUCAUGGAAGGCUCCAAGGGGAAAAUUUGGUGGAUACAAACUUCUUGUGACUCCAGCUUCAGGUGGAAAAACCAAUCAAUUGAAUCUCCAGAACACUGCAACUAAAGCAAUUAUUCAAGGUCUUAUGCCAGACCAGAAUUAUUCGGUUCAAAUUAUUGCAUACAAUAAAGACAAAGAAAGCAAGCCAGCCCAAGGCCAAUUCAGAAUUAAAGAUUUGGAAAAAAGAAAGGAUCCAAAACCCAGAGUCAAGAUUGUGGAUAAAGGAAAUGGGAACAAACCAUCUCCACCAGAAGAAGAAGUGAAGUUUUUCUGUGAAACGCCAGCUAUCGCUGACAUUGUAAUCCUGGUUGAUGGUUCCUGGAGCAUUGGAAGAUUCAACUUCAGACUGGUUCGGCUUUUCUUGGAGAACCUGGUUACAGCAUUCAAUGUGGGCUCAGAGAAGACACGGAUUGGUCUUGCACAGUAUAGCGGUGACCCCAGAAUAGAAUGGCACCUGAAUGCCUUUAGCACAAAAGAUGAGGUCAUCGAAGCUGUCCGGAAUCUACCAUACAAGGGAGGAAAUACAUUAACAGGUCUUGCUUUGAACUACAUUUUUGAGAACAGCUUUAAACCAGAAGCAGGAGCAAGGACUGGAGUGUCCAAAAUUGGCAUUUUAAUCACAGAUGGCAAAUCCCAAGAUGACAUUAUCCCACCAUCCAGAAACCUUCGUGAAUCUGGUGUAGAACUGUUUGCCAUAGGGGUGAAAAACGCAGAUGAGAAUGAACUGCGGGAGAUUGCCUCUGAACCAGACAGCACUCACGUGUACAAUGUCGCUGAAUUUGACCUGAUGCACACAGUUGUGGAGAGCCUGACGAGGACAGUCUGCUCCCGGGUAGAAGAACAGGACAGGGAGAUCAAAGCGUCAGCCCUUGCCACCAUUGGGCCGCCUACACAGCUGAUUACUUCUGAAGUCACUGCCAGGAGCUUUAUGGUUAACUGGACUCAUGCCCCAGGAAAAGUGGAAAAAUACAGAGUCGUGUAUUAUCCUGCCAGGGGCGGAAAACCAGACGAGGUGGUGGUGGAUGGAAGCGUAUCUUCUACGGUGUUGAAAAAUUUAAUGUCUUUAACUGAAUAUCAGAUAGCAGUCUUCGCAAUAUAUGCUCACACGGCUAGUGAAGGCCUGCGGGGAACUGAAACCACACUUGCUUUACCCAUGGCUUCUGACCUUGAACUGUACGAUGUGACUGAGAAUAGUCUGAGGGUAAAAUGGAAUGCAGUGCCCGGAGCCUCAGGAUACCUGAUCCUCUAUGCUCCUCUCACGGAAGGUCUGGCUGGGGAUGAAAAAGAGAUGAAAAUUGGAGAGACCCACACAGAUAUUGAAUUGAGUGGGUUGUUGCCCAAUACGGAAUACACAGUUACAGUUUAUGCUAUGUUUGGAGAAGAGGCCAGCGAUCCUGUUACGGGCCAAGAAACGACAUUGCCUUUAAGUCCACCAAGAAACCUGAGAAUCUCCAAUGUUGGCUCUAACAGUGCUCGGUUAGCCUGGGACCCAGCUUCAAGACAGGUCACUGGUUAUCGAAUUGUGUAUAACAACGCAGAUGGGACUGAAAUUAAUGAGGUUGAAGUCGACCCUGUUACCACCUUCCCUCUGAAGGGCUUAACGCCACUCACUGAGUAUACGGUCGCCAUUUUCUCUAUCUAUGAUGAAGGGCAGUCAGAGCCCCUGACUGGAAUUUUUACCACAGAGGAAGUUCCAGCCCAGCAAUACUUGGAAAUUGAUGAGGUGACGACAGAUAGUUUCAGAGUGACCUGGCAUCCCCUCUCAGCUGAUGAAGGGCAACACAAGUUGAUGUGGAUUCCAGUCUAUGGAGGGAACACCGAAGAAGUCGUCCUAAAAGAAGACCAAGACUCACAUGUUAUUGAAGGCCUGGAGCCCGGCACUGAAUAUGAAGUCUCGUUGUUGGCUGUACUGGAUGAUGGAAGCGAGAGUGAGGUGGUGACCGCUGUAGGGACCACACUUGACAGUAUUUGGACAGAACCAGCUACGACCAUCAUCCCCACCAGACCUGUGACGACAGUUUUCCGGACAGGAAUCAGAAACCUGGUUGUAGAUGAUGAAACCACUUCUAGCCUGCGGGUAAAAUGGGACAUUUCAGACAGCAGUGUGCAGCAGUUCAGGGUGACCUACCUGACUGCUCAAGGGGACCACGCGGAAGAAGUGGUAGGAACGGUGAUGGUGGCUGGAAGCCAGAACAAUCUCCUUCUGAAGCCUCUGCUUCCCAAUACCGAGUACAAAGUCACGGUGACUCCCAUCUAUGAUGAUGGAGAAGGCGUCAGUGUCUCUGCCCCUGGAAAAACCUUGCCACCCUCUGGUCCCCAAAACUUCCGGGUAUCAGAAGAAUGGUAUAACAGAUUGCGCAUUACAUGGGAUCCCCCGUCUUCCCCCGCAAAGGGCUAUAGGAUUGUCUACAAGCCUGUUAGUGUUGCUGGCCCAACACUGGAGACGUUUGUGGGAUCUGGCAUUAACACCAUUCUUAUCACAAACCUCCUCAGCGGAAUGGACUACAACGUGAAAAUAUUUGCCUCCCAGGCCUCAGGCUUCAGCGAUGCUCUGACAGGCGUGGUGAAAACACUGUUUUUGGGUGUGACCAAUCUUCAAGCAGAGCAGGUUCAAAUGACCAGCUUGUGUGCCCGGUGGCAGGUGCAUCGCCAUGCCACUGCCUACAGAGUGGUCAUCGAAUCGCUCCAGGAUACAAAAAAGCAAGAAUCCACUGUGGGUGGAGGGACAACCAGGCAUUGCUUCUACGGACUUCAGCCUGAUUCAGAAUAUAAAAUCAGUGUUUACACAAAACUUCAGGAGAUUGAGGGACCCAGUGUCAGCAUAAUGGAAAAAACACAAUCACUUCCUACAAAACCACCUACUUUUCCUCCGACCAUUCCACCAGCCAAAGAAGUAUGUAGAGCUGCCAAGGCAGACCUGGUGUUUAUGGUGGAUGGAUCCUGGAGUAUUGGAGAUGAAAAUUUCAAUAAGAUCAUUAACUUUCUGUAUACCACUGUUGGAGCCCUGAACAAGAUUGGUGCAGAUGGAACUCAAGUUGCAAUCGUUCAGUUCACUGAUGACCCCAGAACAGAAUUUAAACUAAACGCCUACCAAACCAAAGAGACCCUUCUUGAUGCAAUUAAACAUAUUUCAUACAAAGGAGGAAAUACCAAAACAGGAAAAGCAAUCAAGCAUGUCCGAGAUAGUCUGUUUACUGCAGAGUCAGGUACCAGGAGAGGCAUCCCAAAGGUCAUCGUGGUCAUAACUGAUGGCAGGUCACAAGAUGAUGUGAACAAAAUCUCUGGGGAGAUGCAAUCAAAUGGCUACAGCAUCUUUGCUGUUGGUGUGGCCGAUGCGGAUUACUCAGAGCUGGUUAGCAUUGGCAGCAAGCCCAGCUCACGGCAUGUCUUCUUCGUGGAUGACUUUGACGCCUUUAAGAAAAUUGAAGAUGAGUUGAUUACUUUUGUCUGUGAAACCGCAUCAGCAACCUGCCCACUGGUGUUCAAGGAUGGCAUUGAUCUUGCAGGAUUUAAGAUGAUGGAAAUGUUUGGUUUGGUUGAAAAGGAUUUUUCAUCUGUGGAAGGGGUUUCUAUGGAGCCUGGUACCUUCAAUGUGUAUCCCUGUUACCGAAUUCAUAAAGAUGCCUUGGUUUCCCAGCCAACCAAGUAUUUGCAUCCAGAAGGAUUGCCCUCUGACUACACAAUGAGUUUUCUAUUCCGGAUUCUUCCUGACACUCCAGAAGAGCCAUUUGCUCUUUGGGAGAUUUUAAAUAAAAAUUCUGACCCAUUGGUUGGAGUCAUUUUGGAUAAUGGUGGUAAAACCUUAACAUAUUUCAACUAUGACUACAGUGGGGAUUUUCAAACGGUUACUUUUGAAGGACCUGAAAUUAGGAAAAUUUUCCAUGGCAGCUUUCACAAGAUACACAUUGUUGUCAGCAAGACUCUGGUCCAAGUGGUUAUUGACUGCAAGCACGUGGCUGAGAAGGCAAUAAAUGCCUCAGCUAAUAUCACGUUGGAUGGUGUUGAAGUCCUGGGAAGAAUGGUCAGAUCAAGGGGACCAAAUGGAAAUUCUGCACCAUUCCAGUUACAGAUGUUUGAUAUUAUUUGUUCCACAUCAUGGGCCAAUAAAGACAAAUGCUGUGAACUUCCAGGCCUGAGGGAUGAGGAGACCUGCCCGGAGCUACCACAUUCCUGCUCCUGUUCUGAAGUCAAUACAGGGACUCUGGGACCAGCAGGUCCACCAGGUGGUCCAGGACUCCGAGGACCAAAGGGCCAACGAGGUGACCAGGGUCCAAAGGGACCAGAGGGCCCUCGGGGUGAAAUAGGCCUUCCGGGACCUCAGGGUCCCCCUGGACCCCAAGGACCAAGUGGUCUGUCCAUUCAGGGAAUGCCUGGAAUGCCCGGUGCCAAAGGAGAAAAAGGAGAAACUGGCCUUCCUGGUCCACAGGGUAUUCCAGGAGGCAUUGGUUCACCAGGACGUGAUGGCUCUCCAGGCCAGAGGGGCUUUCCUGGAAAAGAUGGGUCCUCUGGCCCUCCAGGACCACCUGGGCCAAUUGGCAUUCCCGGCGCCCCUGGAGUCCCAGGGAUCACAGGAAGCAUGGGGCCUCAAGGUGCCCUGGGGCCACCUGGUAUCCCUGGAGCAAAGGGGGAACGAGGAGAAAGAGGCGAUCUGCAGUCUCAGGCCAUGGUCCGAGCAGUGGCGCGUCAGGUGUGCGAGCAGCUGAUCCAAAGUCACAUGGCCAGGUACACAGCCAUCCUCAACCAGAUUCCCAGCCACUCCUCAUCAGUGCGGACCAUCCAGGGGCCUCCCGGGGAGCCUGGCAGACCAGGCUCACCUGGAGCCCCUGGUGAACAAGGGCCCCCCGGGACCCCAGGUUUCCCAGGAAAUGCAGGUGUGCCGGGGACCCCAGGAGAACGAGGUCUCACUGGUAUCAAAGGAGAAAAAGGAAACCCAGGCAUUGGAACCCAAGGUCCAAGAGGCCCCCCUGGACCAGCAGGACCUUCGGGGGAGAGUCGGCCAGGAAGCCCUGGGCCCCCUGGCUCUCCCGGGCCCAGGGGUCCACCUGGUCACCUGGGGGUGCCUGGACCACAAGGUCCUUCUGGCCAGCCUGGAUACUGCGACCCCUCUUCGUGUUCUGCCUACGGGGUAGGAGAUCUGAUCCCUUACAAUGAUUACCAGCACUGAGGUGCAUCUCCUCCACUCUGAUUACAUUGGCCUGGGCAAUUGGCUACGGAUACAGAACUGUCCUGUUGACUACCACCACCCAGCCCCUGCCCCUAACAAUGGGCACCCUGCUUUCCUGCCUCACCUGCUUCCCUCCCUGCCCACUGUCACAUCUCUUGCCCUCCCUACUCGAAACACGUACACUGAGAAUACUGAAAUUUCACCAAAUCCCAUGGGUCAAUUGUAUUAGCAACCGACCGCUCUGUAUCAGCCUGGCUAAGGGUAUAUGAUUGUGUACCAAGGAUUUAUCCCUAACUUUUCUAUGUGAAGGCUCAGUAGUAGUUGUUGAAUGAAGCGUGCCUUCUCCUCUUUCCUGUCCCUGCACAAGACUGAUGGGCAUCUUCCUCCCUGACCACCCUACUCUCCAUUCUCCUCUUGACUGUCCCCUGGUGAUGGGUUUCUAACCUGAGAUGGGUUUUGGUAAGAUUUAUUUUUCUGUUACAAUUCUGCUGAGAUUCAGGGUUCCUUUUGUAAAUAAAACACAUAAUAUUUAAGCAGCUGGCUGUGAUCUGGUUUUCUAACAAUUUCUGCCAUGUAUCCGUCCCUUCCUUCACUAACCGUCUGAAACCUCCUGGGGAAGGCACAAGCGGCGUGGUGGGUAAAGGUGGCUACUGCUUUCUACCCAAGCAGGAUAUCUCUGUAGUUUAGUGACCAAAUCUGCCUCUUACGGACCCACACGAGGAGAGAAUAUCAGUUUAUGGUUCCUGGGUCCUAUCAAGUCCCACCCCACUCUUCCUCUCUAGCUCCUCAUCCUGAUCAACCAGAAUUCACUCCUGUCCAAGACGAGCUGGAAGCCAUGGAACUGUGGGGCUCGGGGAUCUGAUAGCCUCCGGACAAAUAUGAAGACCAGCUACAAGAACUCUUAGAGAAACUUAUUCAAGAAGAAUGUUGUGAUGUGGUUUGUAUGCUACCUUUUGGGGGCUCGUUUCAUCACCCUAAGUCUCCUUGGGUAUUGUUAAUAUUGCUAUCAUUAACAAAAAAUUGUAUUUAAAAAACUCCCUUCAUCUAUGACACCACAGGAUUUACUUCUCUCUGCUAUUUUAAUGGCAUGCCAGAUUAUUUGUGUGUCCAAAGAAGAGUGCUCAAAGAAAAAUUGGCAAAAAAAAAAAAAAAAAAAAUUGAACACUGGACUCUUUUCUGUAUUAGACGAUCUCAAGUUCUAAAAUGUAUCAAGACAGCUAUGAUUGUAUUCAAAGGAAACCGAGUAAAAAUUUAAAGAGAUUCAAAGAUUAUGCCAUUUAUCUCUAUCUCCUAUAGCCUUGCUAAAAAGAAAAAGGGAUAUUAUUAGAGAAACUACCUCUUGAUUAACUGAUCUGCCCGCCACUGAGAUCACUUGGUAACUCAUUUCACUGGUAUCUAAGAAUAUGUUUUAGACUAUAACCUUUCUGAAGUUGGUGACUUUAAAAAUAGAUUCAGUGUUUCAGUGGUUUUGACCUGUAAAAUAAUGACUUGCCACCAGUUCUGAUGCAAGGAGGUCCAAUUUUGAUGAACAGUUUAUCCAGCAGUAUUCCAAGGCUUGCCCUCUUUAUCUACAUGGAUUACUUUGUACAUGCAGAUAAGUUUUUGCAAACCCAUUUCCAUUCUCUUUUAUAAGCAAAUAAAAUUUUAAAAUAACA